AUCCAGGCUCGAUCUGAGCUGCUGAUCCAGAGUCAAGCUGCAGCUGCGUACGUGCCUGCUACAGGAGCACGGAGUGGUACCGCUCCACAGCAGGCAGUGUGUGUGUGUCACAGCUGAGAGGUGGAGACCUGUCACCCGCCGCCACUAGCUACUCCGGUAGUCUGCCCUGCUUCUGUAGCACAGUCGGCCACUGCUCACUCCGCUUCGCACCAACGCUACCUCCGCGCUCUGCAUCUCCUCUCCACUCCUGCUAUUUAGCGCCGCCCUGCGCCUCCCACUCCCGAAUUCCCCUGCGCCUCUCACCUCCCUGCUCGAAUCCAGCGCUCACCCGCGCCGCGUCGAGACAUGUCGAAGAAAAUCGUGGUGAAGCUGGACCUGCACGACAACAAGGACAAGCAGAAGGCGCUGAAGGCCAUCUCCGUGCUCGUCGGCAUCGACGCCGUGUCGGUGGACAUGGCGGCGCACAAGAUGACGGUGAUCGGGACGGUGGACCCGGUGCAGGUGGUGAGCAAGCUGCGCAGCAAGUCGUGGGCGGCGCACAUCGACUCCGUCGGGCCGGCCAAGGAGCCCGAGAAGAAGGAGGAGAAGAAGGACGGCGGCGGCGAGAAGAAGGACGGCGGCGGUGGCGAGGGCAAGAAGGAGGAAGGGGACGGGAAGAAGGACGGCGGCGGCGGUGGCGACGGCAAGAAAGACGGCGAGGGCAAGAAGGAGGACGGCGACGGCAAGAAGCAGGACGGCGAGGGCAAGAAGGAGGAUGGCGAUGGCAAGAAGGACGACAAGAAGGACGGCGGCGGCGGCGGCGCAGAGGAGAAGAAGCCCGCCGCCGCGGUGCCCCCGAUUUUGCCGUUCCCGCCGCUGCACCAGCUGCCGCCGCAGUACAUGCACAUGAUCACCAACGACUACAUGAGCCAGUACCACCACCGCCCCCCGCCGCCGCCGCCCGUGGCGUACCACCCGUACGCGGCGCCGCCCCCGCCGCCCCCGCAGUACUACUACGUGCGCAACAUGAGCAUGGAGGAGAACCCAAACUCGUGCGCCAUCUGCUGAAGCAAUCGAUCCCGGCCGCUUUGUCUCUCGCGUCGCGCGCGCGAACGUGAGUACGUACGUGUCUCCCGGCCCGCCCCGUCCAUCAGUCCAUGUGUACAUCCGUCGUCGUGUUACGUUAUUAUUACGAUGAGAAGACAGACGAAUCAAACUAGCUACUCGUAGCUUUUAUUAUUUUGUGAGUCAAAAGUCCAAACCGUAUAGCUGCCAGUUCGUGAAUGAAUCUGUAACUAAAUUCUCCGU